AUGUCCAAGACUUUCACUUCUACUUCCCUCGACCAUAUCAAAUCAUACCCCCUCGUGGCCAAAUUGAAGGAUUUCCUUUUAUCUUUCACUCUCGUCGCUGCUUUAUCUACUUACGCUGUGGCACUCACAAACUAUAUCUAUACCAAUGUGCUUGUCAAGCUUCCCUACGUGGUGAGUCUCUUAAGUUUCGUUGACGCCAAGUUCGACGCGCUUGUUCUUACCAACUUGGACAAGUUAUUGGCUCUUGCAGCCUCCUACAAGAAACAGGGUGAAGACACGGUGCUGCUCUACAAGAAGAAGGGCGAGGAUACCCUUGCUCUGUACAAGAAGAAGGGUGAAGACACUGUGGCUGUCUACUUGAAGCCAGUCAACGAUUACGCUUCGUCCACCGUGGACAAGGUGUUGCCCAAGGCAAAGGACGCAGUGGCCAAGACGGAGGCCACUGCCACCAACGAGAUCUCCAAGUCCAUUGAGAUUGUCAAUGACACCUUGGAGAGAACUAAGGACUUGAUCACCAACAAGUCUUCCGAGCUUUCGAAUGCCGUCAUCUCCACCUACAACAAGGAGUUUGAGUCUUCUCCUGAUAAGAACUAUUACGCCAAGGUUGCCUCUGCUUCUGUUUCCACAGGAGUGACUUUGUUGAAGAGCGUCAAUUCCGACUACAUCCAGCCUUUGAAGACCACUUCGCAGAACUAUGUCAGCGAGGUUGCCUCGCAAACCAAGGCCAAGGCCGAGCAGGUUGUGAACAAGACAUCUGAGCUUGCCUCGCAGGAGCCUGCUUUGAACGGUCUGGCCAUCCCUGUGGUGAGUGCAUCUGCCUAA